CCCUCCCUCCCCGCCAUGGCAUCGCUGCUGCCGCUCUUGUGGGCUGUAACGUUUCUCUGUGCAGAUCUAACUGAAGGUAUAACAAUAACAACAGAACAGGACUCGAUCACAAAAGCUCAAGGAGAUAAAGUUACACUGCUGUGCACAUAUACUCUCACUCCACCAGAUGAAGACACAGUUGAAAUUGAAUGGAGUCUUUUGCCACCAAAAGGGGAAGAGCCAGUUAUUAUAUAUAAUGUAGGCAAAGUUUAUGAUACAUAUCGUAUGGUGGGACGAGUACAGUUUGCUAAGCAAAAUCCAGCAUCUGGAAAUGCAAGCAUUGAUAUCUUAAAUUUAAAAACAGAAGAUGCUGGCUUAUACCAAUGUAAAGUGAAGAAACUUCCUAGUGUUCAAACUCACAGAGUCAACUUGAUAGUACUUGAAAAACCGAUGAAAACUAAAUGCCACGUUGAAGGAUCACAGGAGAUUGGAAGUGAUGUUACUUUGAAAUGUAAAUCCCAAGAAGGUUCUCCCAUCAUAGUUUACUCCUGGAAAAAAACAACUGGCUCACAAGAACUUCCAGCAACAGCAUUACCAAAUGACAUUACAGGUGACUUAUUUGUGAAAAAUGCCUCUCAGACUUAUUCUGGUACUUACACAUGUUUGGCUUACAAUAAAGUCGGCAGAGAUGGAUGUUCUGUUAUACUGACUAUUACACCCCCUAUAGAUAGAGCUGGUACUAUUGCUGGAGCAGUUAUAGGGACUCUUCUGGCACUCGGCUUAGUGGCUUUUUUCAUUUUCUGUUUCUAUAAGAAACGAAGAGACACAAAAUAUGAAAAAGAAGUACAACAUGAUAUCAGAGAGGAUGUCCCUCCUCCAAAGAGUCGUGCCUCAACAGCCCGCAGCUAUAUAGGGAGUAAUCGAUCAUCUUUGGGCUCAAUGUCUCCGUCGAAUAUGGAUGGUUUUACCAAAACUCAAUACAAUAAAGUGCCGAGUGAAGACUUUGAACGUACUCCCUCUCAGAACCAGUACUUUGAUCCACCAAAGUAUGAAAACGCACACAGGAUGGGUGACAUAACAGUGGUAUAAAGUUGAAGAAACGUCAUAUAUCAUGAAUUUUACAUUAUGAAGGAAAUGAAGUACUCUGUUUUAUCAUUCUUUUUUAAUUCUGCAGACAAUGGUAGAGUAAAUUACUAUACAUAAUAUUUGUCUCCCAAAUAUUUAAAAAUAUACUGCUUGAAAAUGUUAUAAGAAACCCAGACAUGAAAAAUGUGAAAAUAUGAAAAGAGUAAUGAAAUUGAUUGAAGAUCAUGCAAUUAUCUACUUGAAUGGGGCAAUUUAAGCCAUCAAACCUGCUUAGAGCACUAAUCCAUAUUAAAGCACCUCUGACAGAUGGCUGCCCGCUUUCUUGGGAUACAACCAAUGAGUGGAAAUGGAUGAUUGGUUUCAUUGUUGAACUGUUUUUACAGUCAGCUGAUUUAACAUGUAAUGGAGAUAAUAAGUAAUGGCAGCUUUGAUUCAAAUAAUUUAAUUGAGUAAAAGAUGUAUUUUCUAAUGUACUUUAGAGCCAAUCAGUAUGAUUUAACACUACCUUUUAGAUUAUAUUUUUAUCCUUUUUUAAACUGUAUGGUUUUGAUUU